AUGUCCAAGUUUGGCUGUCUAGUGAUGGGCCCUGCAGGUGCUGGCAAGACAACAUUCUGUUCAUCCCUCAUAACUCAUCUGCAGCACGUCAGACGGUCUUGCUUCUAUGUCAAUCUAGACCCUGCUGCCGAAACAUUUGUUCAUGAGCCAGAUCUUGAUAUUAAAGACCUAAUUUCGCUAGAAGAUGUCAUGGAGGAAAUGGGCCUUGGUCCUAACGGAGGAUUGAUCUACUGCUUUGAAUUCCUCCUCGAGAACCUCGAUUUUCUCACAGAGGCGUUAGAUUCACUUACAGAAGAGUACCUCAUCAUCAUAGAUAUGCCAGGCCAGAUUGAACUUUAUACGCAUAUUCCCAUCCUACCAGCCUUAGCGAAACAUUUGACUAGAGCUGGAGCUUUACACAUCAACCUCUGUGCAGUCUAUCUACUGGAGGCCACUUUUGUUGUAGAUCGUGCUAAGUUUUUUGCGGGAACCCUGAGUGCUAUGAGUGCCAUGAUUAUGUUGGAAGUUCCACACAUUAACAUUAUGUCGAAGAUGGAUCUAGUGAAAGGUCAAAUCGGCAAGAGAGAAUUAAAACGCUUUCUAGAUCCAGAUGUCUCACUCCUCGACGACGAAACAGAAGAGUCUCUAGAAGAAGCAGAUACAUAUGGAGCACCUUCCAAUUCAAGAAUGCUCAUGAAUGGAGCAAGCUUUAGAAGCCUAAACAAAGCAGUGGCCAAAUUAAUCGAUAGCUUCAGCAUGGUCUCGUAUCUGAAACUAGAUUUACAAAAUGAAGAUAGCAUAGGAAAUAUUUUAAGUUACAUUGAUGAUGUGAUACAGUAUCAUGAAGCUCAGGAACCAAGGGAACCAAUCGACGAAAUUGAAACAGAAUACACUGAUGAUAACUUUUAG